AACCUCUGCCACUGUGGAGGAGAGAGCCUCGAUCGAAUUUGGAAUUCUACUUAGGACAUCUGUGGAAUGAAAGAAACAUAAUGGAAAAGAACUGCACGAGUUGAAGGAAAGAUUUAUAUCAAUGCACUAAGCAGUUCUGAAGUCAUGUCUGGGAAGAGAUCAGCGUCAUCCAGCCAGGCCACUUCAGCUAAAGAUGAGCCCCCAUCUAAGAAACCUUUUGUUGCAAUCCCAUCUGUAAACAUUGGACCAGUUGCGACUGAGGAAGAGCUUGAUAUCAAAGUCUUAAAGUUCCAAAAUUCAAAGUUGUAUGCAAAGCUUGAGGAGAAAAAUGUAUUGCUUGAAGAGCAGAAUGCAAAAGUUCAGGAACUUGACAGACUCAGAGCCAAUGAUCAAGCUAUCAUAUCAACACUGAAUGUUGCCUGGAAUCAGCUGGACAAGGAUGUUUUAAUCAUGCUUGAAAGAUUUAGUGAUUGCGGAGAAGAGGAGAAUAAUUGUCCUAUGAGUGAUACAACUAUCACAUUCCUUGAUCGACUUCACAACAGAACGACAAAAGGUAUAGAAGAAGAAAUCGGCAAGCGAGUCACGUUCUCAAAUGGCAUUAUAUCUCAGUUGAUACAGUUUAUAGAUAAGCGGAUUACGAGGGGUAAAGAUAUAGGGAAGAUGCUGGAAGAGUGGUCAGGCUUGGGAGCAAAGAAACCCAAGGCAGAGAAGGAUGAAAAAACAGCCAAUGCUGAUGUAAAGAUGGAAAUUAAAGUGGAGGGGAAAACAGAAGAGGAAAGGAAAGAAGAAAAGGAGAGCUUGAAGAAGGAAGCCGAUGAAGCUGGAUUUGCAAUUGCAUCAAUUGAACUCGCGAUAAAGCAGGAAAAUGCCGAGCUCAAGACUGAGAAUGAACGUCUGCAUAAUCUCGUCACUUCACUUCAUGACCGAUACAAUAACAUGUCAUCAGAGUUCUCGGACAUCCAUGACCGGUAUUCCACAUCACAAAGAGAGAUGAGCGAUCUCAACACCAAGUUUCAAGACAUGCAAUAUGACCUGCAAAAGUCUCAACACCAAGUCGAGAAGUUGAUCAAGAGAAUAAACGAAAUGACAACCGCAAAAGGAGGCCAAGCCUCGGUUCCAUCCACGCCAACUGCGAAAUCCAGUGGCGGUGGUGCUGCUGGCGGUGCUGUUGCAGGCGGUGCGGUGGCGUCAAAUCCUCAGUUGGAUGACAUCAAACACGAGCUUGAGGAGCAGAGAGCAUUGGCAAAAAGCAGACUUGAAGAGCUUGAGUCCCUUCAGACGAGUCAUACAGCCAUUACCACAGAAUGCGAGAAACUCAAACUCGAGACGCUUGAUGUUUCUGAUGAAGGUGUUUUGAACUCUGCGCUGUACAAGACACUGCAAAACCAGUUCACUCUUCUCUUUGCUGAGGCUCAGCACAUUCGAAACCAAGCUGAGGAAGCAAAGAAGAUAAUAAUUGCAAAUAGAACCCAGCAUUUAAUGCAAAUGGAGCAAAUUGAGGCCGAGGCUCAAGCAAAUCGCAAGAAAGUUCGAUACGAGGUUUCGCAAUUAGAAAAACUGCUGCUUGAGUCAAAGAGAGAGCUUGAGUUGCUGAGGGUCGAGUAUGAACACAACAUGAAAGCUCACGAGCAGAUUGGACCAAUGGCUAAAGAAAUGAGACAUCUUAUCAACAGUCUGCAGAACCACAAUCAACAGUUGAAAGGCGAAGUGAUGAGGUACAAGCGAAAGCUCUCCGAGGCACAGAGUAGGGCGCAUGAGCUGGAAGUGAAGAUAAAAGAAAUACAAGAGCGAGAGAAGAACCAACAACAGGCUUCUGCGAAAGCUUCAGGGUCGGAAACUGCGAAGGAUGGAACGAGUACGCCGCUACUGCCUGUUCUAGACACGGAGAAAGGUGGGCAAGAUGAAGCCUCUGCGUUGGAGAAGGAAAGAACACCGUCGCCUCCUUUAAAGGGUGAGGCUAAUGAAAGCGAGACAGUGAAGGAGUUGAAAACAAAACUAAAACAUGCCAAAGAAAGCCAGAAAGAGAUGAAAUUGCUCUUGGAUAUGUAUAAAGAAGUUGCCAAAGAGUCAAGAGACGUAUCUGAGCUGUUACAAAACGAAAAGCAAUUAAAAGAAGAAAUAUCUUCUCUACAUCAAAAGAUCGAGCAGCUAAACAGAGAAUUGCAGAGAAAAAACCAGAAGUCCGAGGACGAGCUCCAUCGUAGAUUGAAGCAUGCAGACGAGACUAUUUCGCAGCUGCAGAAGAGGCUCGCUAACACAAAACAGGAGGAGGAAGCGCUUCUAGCGGAAAUGGAGUUUACCCAGCAAGCAUUCGAGGAAAUGCAAGAACAAAAUAUUCGCUUGAUGCAGCAGCUGAGGGAAAAAGACGACUCCAAUUUGAAACUCAUGUCAGAGAGAAUAAAAGCAAACCAAGUGCAGAAAUUGUUGAGAGAAGAAAAGGAGGUCCUGCAAGAGCAGAUUAAUGCAGUAUCGUCACGGCACCAGAGCGCUGAGGAAAUCUUAAAACGGUUGGAAGAAAGGGAAAAGACAUUGCAAUCAGCGGUACAGAGCAUGGAGAAGGAGAUUGGCCUUAGGGUGCAGGCCGGCGAGAUGCACAAAAGAAAAGCCCUGGAAACCACACAGCAAGCUGCAGAACUAACCUUUAAGCUUGACAGUGUGAACAAACAACUUGGCGAGUCGAAAGAGGCAUUGAUAGAGAAGAACACACGGUUAGAGGAAGAAUCGUUCAAGUGUCGUAGAGCUUUCGAAGAAAAUGCAAGCCUGCAAAGAAAGGUUGAAAAGCUGAAAAGGGUUGAGUACCUAGGCUAUUCUGACGAGAUCUUAGUGGAGGAGGUGAAAAUGUACAAGGCCAAGCUCAACUGUCCAUGUUGUAACACGAGGCGGAAGGAUGCUGUGAUCACCAAAUGUUUUCAUGUCUUUUGUAUGGAAUGCCUGAAAACACGGUACGAUACACGACAGCGCAAGUGCCCAAAAUGCAAUGCGGCCUUUGGAAACAAUGACUUCCGCAAAAUAUACAUGUGAUUUUACGAGAAAAGGUGCCUGGUGCAACUGGAAAUAUUCUCACAGUAUAUCAGUUAAAAAAGGAGAAUUUUGGAAUAUCGAUCCUACCAAGGCGAACUUUGAUGUUGAGUCAAGAGACGAAGAAGGCUUUAGCGGACUCUUUUUUGUCCUAGUUUACACGGCCGCAUUUAAUGAAUUCGGCAAAGUCUUACUUAAAAAAAUACGACCAUAUCACCGAUGCCAUAGUCAGAUUUUCGAAUUCUUUGUUUCAAAAGUCGACACUCUUUUAACUUUGUCAGUUUGUCUGACAAAAGUGUCUGAAAAUUUCUUGACAUUUUGAUUUUUAAAAAUUGUACAAGUUCUGAAAUGUUGAUUCUAAAAAACUUUUGACUGUUUAUAGAUUUGACUUUUGGCGUUACAUAUUGAAGCAAAAAUUUGAUUUGGUACAUGGAGCGCGAUAGAUCUAUCCGUGUAAAUCUGGCUUUAAAAUGAAAGGCAGUGCUAGACAUUUUUAAUGAGCAAGAUAUACAGGAAUAAGACCGCUUAUAGUAGUUCCCAACAUUCGAAAAAGCUAUAUAUUUCAGCAAAGGCCAAAUUAACGGUCCUUGCUAUGAAAAUUUGCUCGUUAAAUGUGUAAAGCUCAUCGAAAAAUGAUUGUUAUGAAAAUCUAUAGUGGUUCUAGUCAUCUGAUUUGGUGUACCAUAAAAACAUACAUGUCUUUCUUUGGGCAGGAAUCUUUGGCGUAUACCUUGUUACAAGCAUGAAUAUUUGCUCAAUUGUUUUAGGUUCCAUAUGUUGCAAAUGAUAUGGCAACAUCAUCGAUAAAAAAAUUCAAUUCACUUUUUUAGGAACGGAUUUUCGCAUUGUUAUGAAGAAUCCACUAGCCAAUAGCUACCAUUAUUUGUACAAUAUUUCUUUCUUCUUUUUCAUGCUUAUGUACACAGUGAUAUCUUAUGAUGAAGGGUAACCAAUAGAUGUA